AUGCCAUCGACAUUGGGUGACAAGGUCACCCUGCUUCCCAAGUUUUCACUUGUGAUUGCGAAGACUCUAGUGUCCGUCUUCACCAGUCCCUUCCGCGGCGAUGAUGGCGCUCCUACUGUCGGAGAACAUGUCAUGAACACUGCUGUUCGAACAAUGAUCACAAACUUCACUACUGGCCAGCUGCAAAUGAUCAUGCCGCCGUUCGUGAGUACAUAUGAAAGCUAUUGCAAAAAGCAAAAGCUCACGCCCAAUAUCGUGGACAUCCCGAACACCACCAACAAAGGCUUUUGGAUUGGCAAUCCCGAAACUGCCACAUAUGUCAUGGUAUACUAUCAUGGAGGUGGUUUCGUUUUGCCAGGCCUACCUCCGCAUUUAGACAUGCUAGUUCUGUUCGUCAAGUGGCUGGGAGGGAAUCUCGCCAUAUUCUGCAACGGCUACACGCUCGCUCCACAGGGACUGUAUCCGCUCCAGAUCAGUGAGAGUGUUGAGGCCCUGCGAUAUGUUUUGUCAUUACCUGGCCGUGCCCCUGCGACCACACUUUUGGGAGGUGACUCCGCUGGGGGGAAUCUUGUGCUAGCAGUUCUAAGCCACAUAUCUGGACACCCGCAUCCCAAUUCAAAGGUCGUGAAACCUCUAGAGCUCACCCCGAAAGGCCAGAAGCUACAUGGCGCACUGAUGAUCGCCCCUUGGGUGUCGUCUGAUGUGAAACGGUUCAGAUCCAUGACCGAGUUCGCGGACCGAGAUACUGUCAACGGCACAUGUGCAAACUACUGGAUCGAGACAUAUAAAGGCGGCGCUUCCGAGAAGGAUGACGAAUAUACUGUGCCGGAGCUCGCACCGGCAGGUUGGUGGUCUGGAACCGAGGAUACUGUGGCCUCCACACUUGUUACAGCAGGCGAACAGGAGGUUCUUCGUGAUGCGAUCUUAAGUUUCACGAGCAAGUUCAAGGAAGGAACCUCGGGCGGGGCCACACUAAAGGUCGUUGUUGGAAAGAAGGAAGUCCACGACGCCCCUCUAGCUCCAAAGCCUGACGCAGAGCUCGACAGGCUUGGUGAUGCCUGCCAAGAGGCUGCGAUUAAGAUGUGGUUGAAAGAUCGGUGUGGGCAAUAG